CCAAGCUGCCUACCGCCCAAAUCUAGUCGCUCUCCGUCAUCCAUCCUCCAUCCAAUCCAAGCGAACAGAGCUGCAAGCAAAGGGGAAAGCAGCAGCGUGGGCAAUGGCGGCGACGCUCCAGCCAGUGCUGCCCUGCUUCCUGCUCCUGCUGCUCCUCACUGCCGGCGCCGCGGGCGCGGGGCGACACGCCGGCGGCCGGACGCUGGUCUUCAUCCUGGCGGGGCAGUCCAACAUGAGCGGCCGCGGCGGCGCCACCAGCGGCACCUGGGACGGCGUCGUGCCGCCCGAGUGCGCGCCGUCGCCGCGCAUCCUCCGCCUCUCCCCCGCGCUCCGCUGGGAGGAGGCGCGCGAGCCGCUGCACGCCGGCAUCGACGUCGGCAACGUCCUCGGCGUCGGGCCCGGCAUGCCCUUCGCCCACGCCGUGCUCGGCAAGGUCGUUCCGGCGAGGGCCGCCGCCGUGGGGCUCGUCCCCUGCGCGCAGGGCGGCACGCCGCUCGCCAACUGGACGCGGGGCACGGAGCUGUACGACCGGAUGGUGACGCGCGCCAGGGCGGCCCUGGGCGGGGGCGGCGAGCUGGCCGCCGUGCUGUGGUACCAGGGGGAGACCGACGCCAUGAAGAAAGAGGACGCCGAGCUCUACCAGGGGCGCAUGGAGGCGCUCGUGCGCGACGUCCGCCGCGAACUCGGUCGCCCGGACCUCCUCGUCAUCCAGGUCGGGAUCGCGACGGCGCAGUACGGCGGCAAGUUCCUCGACCGCGUCAGGGAAGCCCAGAAGGCCGUCACGCUCUCGCUCCGGAAUGUCAAGUACGUCGACGCCAUGGGGCUGCCCAUCGCGAGUGACAACACGCAUCUUACCACUGAGGCUCAGGUCCAGCUCGGCAACAUGCUAGCCAAGUCCUACUUAGAAACUCUGUAAACUCUAAUUGGUCAAUCGAAUGAACACAUUGUUCCUGCCAACAUGUGCCUGUGCAAAUAAGUCAUGCCGUUGAUGAUUAGGAAACAGACAUGUGUGUAUCCUUAAAUUCUGAUGAGGUUUUAGUAGUAGAAUUUACAUCUGCUUACAUCA